AUGGAUUGCAUAAAAUGCUUUCGUUGCUUUGAGGUAGUGAAUCGCAGGAGGUUAGGUCGCGACACUCCCUACAAGGCCGCCAAGUUAUAUCUCCGAGCCGUCCCCAUUCCCCACUCGUGGCAUCACUCCGUCUGCAUCGGCGACCACUCAAUCGGGUACGUCUCCGUCAAGCCUGGGUCUGGCGACGAGUGGUGCCGCAUCCGCGUCGGCUACGCUAUCGGGGUUGAGUUCUGGGGGUGGGGGUUCGCAACAGCGGCACUGAGGAUGGCCGCCCACAGUGUGUUUGACAAAAUGCCUGAGUUGGUGAGGCUGGAGGCGUCUGUGUAA